AUGCAUCUCAUUAAACUGGGUAUCUUUGGGGCUGUGCACUCUGGAAAGUCUACCAUAGCCGAAUUUUACACCGAACUAACUAAGCGAGACGACAAAGGGAACCUUCCACAAUAUGUCCCAACUGUCGGUUUGCGGAUUCUAGAGUCUGAGAAGAGAUUGACAGACGAAUCUGGCUCUCAGGUAGAUGUCUCGCUUCAAAUCUGGGACGCCUCGGGAGACCCGGCGUAUGAGUUUGCCUAUAAUAGGAUUGCCGAACAGCUGGAUGGAUUAAUCAUUGUAGUUCCGUCAACUGAGCUCAAUAUCGAUAAAUAUGUGCGGAGAUAUUACGAUCUGAUCACCCCAAAUACAAAGUUUUCUAGCGGCGCAGGCAUUGGGUUCAUUUUGGUGUUUGUUCAUUACAAUGGCAAGAUAGCUGGACGAGAUGUUUUUCUGGAAGAUCGAACACUUGCAACAAUACCGGUGAUUAAAACGUCCAUGGAUGCAGAGCCAAGCCGCAUCAGCACGGCUAUCGAUGACUUUGUCCACAAAUGCCACUUGGCAAAGGCGAGUGCAGACAACGACCUGCUUGUCCUUAAUUAG